AUGCUGGGCGUGACCAGCCUUCUCAACGAGACGAGCAGCUACUCUGUAGCUCCAUGCGUUCAGAAGCUCGUGGCUGACGGUGCCAUGAAGGUUUUCAAUGAGAGCGAUGGUCUUUUCCCUGGUGCGGUUUUCACCGGAAUGAACACCCUGAAGCCAUUCCCCAAGAACUAUGUCUCGCUGGACACGUCGACCGACCCUGGGCCUCUCAAGCGCGCGGAAUGGAUCAAGUACAUGGCUCUGUGGUUCAAUACUGAGUUGCGCGCGUCGGAGGUCUACUCUGACAUUGAGACGUCGUACAACUGCUUGAAGGCGUCUGCUCCUAAAACCACCACGCCAACGGUUGGCUGGCUGAGCUAUUUCAUGGAUUCGUGGACCGUCUCUGGUGCUACGUACAAGCUUCAGUAUGUUGCGGACGCUGGUGGUGUGAGCCCCUCCAAGGCGUUUCUGAGGACAUACAACAUGUCUCUUCCAUCUGAUAAGAAGGCUUUCCAGACACUGCUUGCGACUCUUGACAUCGUCAUUGACGAGACCUACCUGAUGACUGGCCCGUCAGGCUACAGCAUUGAUGCUUUUGCACUGAAUGCUGGCAUCUCUGUGACUGAUACCGCCACUUACAAGUUCCUCGCUACUCCCAAUGUCUGGAGCAUGUAUGGCCGCGCCACUGGAGCUCCCAACUACGCCACUGUUGGAGAUGGGAACGGCAUCCCCUCCCAGCUCACCCCCUCCCAGCUCAUCCCCUCCCAGCUCAUCCCCUCCCAGCUCACCCCCUCCCAGCUCAUCCCCUCCCAGCUCAUCCCCUCCCAGCUCACCCCCUCCCAGCUCACCCACCCCUAG